AUGAAACCUUUCUGGGCGGUGAUUGUAGCAUCGCUUGCCCUCGUAUGCCAAUCUGAGGGCUCAAGCCUUUCUCCAAACAAUGAGGAUCCAGUCGUUGGUGAUGCGAGUGUUCUUCAAGCGAGAAACAUAGCCAAUGAUGAAACUGUAACAAGUGUACUCUGGGUUCGGGAUAAUACACCUUCUCCUAGUUCCAGCCAUCACCCUCAAGCGUCCAUGACGCAUCAUUCUCAAGAGACUGGUACCCCCAAAGAUUCCGCUACCCGUCGACCUCAAGAGUCCGGCACUCAUCAUUCUCAACAAACUGGCACUCCUAAUGAGUCCACCGCACGUAAUCCCCAAGAGUCCGGCACUCACCAUUCUCAAGAGACUGGCACUCCCAAAGAUUCCGUUACCGGUCGUCCUGAAGAGUCCGGCACUCAUCAUUCCAAAGAGACUGGCACCCCCAAAGACCCUGGCAGUUCGAAGGACUCUGGGACACGCCAUCCGGGGGAGCCGAGCACUCUUCCGUCGGAUGCACAGCACAGCUCCACGCAUAACCCGCAUCUAAGCUCUCAGGGGUCGAUACCAUCCAGCACGAAACAUGGUUCAGAAUACACUAGCUCCCCUGGUUCACCAGAGAGCUCAGGACCACUGGCAUCUUCAUCCCCUCCCAGCUCGUCAAACGCCGAAUUGGAAAGUUCUUCGUCUUCGAAAACAAUUACCGGUACAAGUAGUAGCACGGGGGCUGCCGCAGUUGGGAUAGCUCAUAGAACGACCAUCCCGAUUACCAAAGAUCAUGAGACUAGCAGUGUUGUUUUCACUGGUACUUCGGUCACUACCUCCAAGGACUCAAACCCUACUCUCGCCUGGGGAUGUUCGCUGAGCGAUAUCUGUGGCACUGGUGGUGGAAGCACUGGUGGAGGUACUAGCGGUGGCUGUAUAGUCCCUAUACUAUGUCCUCACGACAGUAGCUGGGGUCUCGGUGGAGGAUGGGUACCGUCUGGAAACCCACCAGCUGGUGGUCCCACGCCACCUUCACCAGAUCCAGUCCCUGACAAUCCCAAAAACGAUGACAAUGGCGACGACGACAACGACGACGACGAUGAUGAUGAUGACGACGAUGACGACGAUAAGGAUAAAGAAUCAUCCACAUCUCAGCAGACUUCACCCUCGGCGUUCAAUCUCUGUCUAUCCGUCUAUGAAGGAAGUGGCACUAUCUCAACCACCCCCACAACCUCUUCGACAUCAUCGGCCUCUUCUACCACAACUACUCCUGCGUCACAAUUCAAUAUCUGUUUGUCUGUCUAUGAAGGAAGUGGCACUAUCUCAAGCACCCCAACAGCUUCUUCUACAUCAUCGGCCUCUUCUGCUACAACAACUCCCGCGUCGCAAUUCAAUCUCUGCUUGUCUGUGUAUGAGGGAAGUGGCACCAUAAGUGAAAGUACCCCGAAGACUACUUCCACAUCCUCAGGUACCGCAAUGUGCAGUCUUCGGGUUGUUGAUACAAGCUCCUCUCUAUGCAGUUGUGAAUCCACAAUGUCCAAGCACUCCUUGACCCAUCAAAUCAUGAAGCCAACCGACAAAGAUUGCAGUGACAUCAAGACCUUCCCGAUGACAAGCUUCAUACGCACUUCUUCAACCCCAUCUGUUACUUCUGGUCCCAAGGCAACACAAAGCUCGGCCAAUUCCGCUAGCUGUCAUGAAAACAAGUAUCAUGGAGCACACACAACUCAAACCUUCUGUAACUGCAUUGGAGGUCCUUCAUAUGAUCCAACUGUCAGCGUUUUCUCGCUUCCAACCAGUGGACCCAAGUGCGCUGAUCUCAAGACUUUCCCUGACACCGGUGUCAUUCAUACGCCCGAGGAACCCGCCGAUCCACAGAUGUGUUCCAAUCCUGGCCCCUCCGAUGAUCAUGAUUCUGGCUGGUGCAAAUGCGAGAAAAACGAUUUGACCCAAUGGGCACCAUUGCCCCAUAUACAAGGCACAGCUACAGUACUAGAAGGCAAUUGCCAGGCAAUCAGCACUAUUGCAUUCACGACUCCUACUGUUGCACCACCAAAAACUGUUACCGACUUUACUGAUGUUGAUCCAAUGAGUCGAAGUACAAUGUAUGCUUCGGGAGUUGUAAUAACAACUGACUAUGGCGUUGGUCCGUACACACAAACAGUUGGUGUCGGGGAUCCUACAGAGGUUUAUCAACCGGCUAUGACUUCUACUAUGGCUAAUUCAGACGUUGAGCUUAUCCCCGCCAAGACUAUUGAAGAUGGGACCAAAACUAUGGGCGCUGAGCCAACAACGAUUUCGACACAUAAAGCAGAGGCUCAGUGCAAAUAUGUCACUGGCCCAGCAUAUUACAACUAUAUCAUUUGGAAUGUCUUUGAUUGGGCAUCAGACUACCAAGACUUCGAAAGCCUCGCUGAGCACCUCCAUGAUAGGCUCAAGGCACGAGACUGUUUCUCUUCCCAAUUCAAAUGGAAAAACUUUGUUGAUCAUUAUGGUCCAACCAUUUCAUUCACUACCUACGAGCUUCAAGACAUAUGUGUCAGACAUGCCAUUCAAGAUGUUGGUGGACCGGACACCUUGUGCAGUCACGAUGAUGACGCUGGCAUUCAUUGGUGGACAAAUCCUGACAGCAUAGAGGGUCUUGUGGCUCAUGGGAAAGAGGUAGAUGAUCCUCAUUCUACGUAUGAAGCUCAGGCCACUGGUACUUGA